AUGACCCUUAAGUCACAGACUCCAAGAGAGAAGAAACACAAGUGCCGAACCAACCAGAAAAGGGUCAAAGAUGUACAUGGCAGCAGCUUAUCCCAACAUACAUGGUCCAAGCUACAGCCUUCCGCUGCCAGCCCACUGGCCCAUUCCCAAACAGCAGCCUAUCGGGAUAGAUCUCCAGCCUGCUACUCGGUGUCUCACUACCCACUGACCUCACACAAGCAAACGUUUCUUUAUCAGGAGGCCCCUCAUGCUGAGGAACAGAAUGGCACUCUGUCGACCUUGCCAACUGCAGGUGGCUACAAAGGAACCAACUUUCCAGGAAGUGGGGAACCUCGGCCCUUUUCUAGCACUUACCUGAGGCAUCAUUCCCCGAGAAGCUAUUACGCCAGUCCUCUGGAGAGCUAUGUGUAUAGACCAACUGGUCCAAUUCCAGUGGCCUCUCCAGCUUUGAAGCCUGGAGUUUCUUCUAGAGAACCUGAGCUCCAGCAGAAUUCCAGCUGCAAAGUGGACUAUCUGCAGCAGAACCCCAGUUUUGUUUUUGCACCUUCUGACAUGGCUUUGUACAAUGCCUCCUUAGCCAAUACGGAUGCUGGUCAUGAUCGGCACAUUGAUAGCAGAGUAGCUACUUCUCAUGGGACUCAAUCGGUGAGGGAGAACCCCAGAAGCAAAGAGGUGGCUAGCCAGCACAGUGCUUUCCAACUGAUUGGUGCUCUAGAUAGGCUAUCCAACAGCUCCGAAAGGCUCACUGAAGCACUACCUAGAGGAGAGCCAGGCUAUGGCUUGGGCCUGUGUCAGACAGAACAACCCAGCCUGCAUGGAAAGGAACAAGCCCACUCGGAGAGAAGAUCCAGCUUAUCCAUGAAAGAGCCUAUGCACAGAAACACAGGGAUUCAUGAAGCUCAGUUAGGAGCUCCCAUUGUCAUUACUGAUAGUCCAGUUCCGUACUACCACAAAAAAGAAGAAGCCCCCAAGGUCAAAGGCAGGCUUGUUUCCUCACCCCAGGUCAUUUCUUCUGAGGAGGGACUGAAAAGCCUGAGAGAUGCAGAUUCUACUCCCUCCUCCCCGCCUAUGCCAGUUAUCAACAAUGUCUUUAGCCUGGCACCUUACCGGGACUACAUAGAAGGGUCCAAAGGGUCGGCAGGGAUUCCCUUCUCAAAAGAUCAUCAAGAGGAAGAGUCCCCCUUCCGAAACAGCCUGUCAAGUGGAGACUGUAAGGCUGUCUCAGAGCCACCUUCUGCCAAGGAUUCAUCAGAAAAGCCUAUUGGGAAAGAAGCAACCCAGGCCCUAAAAGCAGAGAUGGAGAUGGGUGAAAACCUCAGUGUGAUACAGCAGGAUGGAAGCUGUAACAGCAGGAUUUGUGAGAUCUACAAGCCAAAGAUUCUGCCACGCAGACUGCCAGCAAGAAGUGAGCCACAGAACGGCAGCAUCAGUGCUCCAGCUGCCACUGGGAACCGGGAACUUGCUCAAAAUGAUGUAGUGCUAGACCUCAGCUUGAAAAAAGAGCUAGUGAAGGCCAAUGAUCCUCUGAGCCCAGCUGGACAGAUCGAGGUGACUCCUAAAGGAGGAUGUUGUGAGGAGGCGGCGAAAGAGGGACCACUCAAAAAGCAGAGGGUGUUCAAGAGUUCCAAGACCCAGGCCUUGCCUUUGUCAGUGGAAAAUAGCUCUGGGGACAAGAGCAACUUCCAGAGCUCGACAGCCUUCAUGUUCAAAAAAUUCAAAAUCUCGAAAUCUAUCCCGACACGAGCAGUGCCCCCAGUACAGGCCAACAGCCCCACAACACCCACGCAGGGCCCCCUGGCGGCCCCCCAGGCCAAUAGUCCCCUGGCACCCAAGCAGGGUCCCCCAGCAGCCCCUCAGGCCAACAGCCCCCUGACAGUGAUGCAGGGUCCCCUGGCAGCCACCCAAGCCAACAGUUCCCCAGCACCCACCCAGGGCCCCCCAGCAGUGUCGCAGGGCCCCCCAGUAGUGUCGCAGGGCCCCCCAGUAGUGUCGCAGGGCCCCCCAGGACCCGUCCAGGCCAACAGUCCCCCGGCAGUGAUGCAGGGCCCUCCAGCACCCGUCCAGGCCAACAGCCCCCCGGCAGCGACGCAGGGCCCCCCAGCAGCCACCCAGGCCAACAUCCAACCCUUGCAGAUGACGUGCCUUUAUCUGAAACUUCCCGACAUUUCAAAGUCUCUGUCCCCCAGUGGCCCCUAA